AUGAGGGCUGUCCAAUCGCGGCGCCCAGCUUAUCCACUUCCAUCCCUUCAAGGAAGCCAAACAUACUUCACACAUCGUUUUGUGGUGGAUUGGGCGGUGGGGUGCCAACAAACCAAAAAUACCUAUGAGGCGAAUUGUUCUUAUGGGGGAAAAUGUUCUUAUGGGGGAAAGUGUUCUUGUGGGAGAAAAUGUUCUUAUUAUACUUAUUUUUUCUCUUCUGCAUUUCCCAUGGAUCCCCUUUUCACACCACACAUGGCAGCAGCGGAACGCCUUAUCAUCACCGUAGCAGAAUUUGCCUUUAUCACAGGGAAGGAAGGGCUCACCCUCAUGUUCUUUUUGUUCAUGGUGCGGGCCAUUCAACAACACCUUUUAUUCGGUGGCACGCGGCACCAUGUCAUGAGGGGAACGGGGAAGGGUCAUCUUCGCGGAAUGCCUUUCAAACCCAUCUUCCCCAGCGCUGGAGUGGGGAAAGCAAGAGUUUUCCACGAUGCCCAACCCCACUCAUUUUAUAAGUGA